AUGAAAAAAACAGAAAAGCUAAAUAAUAUAAUACAAGGAAGAACGUGGGAGCUUUUAGAAACCAUUUUAUAUGAUGGCAAAGAUUUCUUUUUAUUAGAAAAACAUAUGCAGCGUCUAGUCAAGUCAUCAAUGGAUUUCGGAUGGAAAACUGUUGAUAUAGAAAUAGUAAAGAAAGAAUUAUGGAAUUCAGUAACUCGUUGCAAAUCAUCUAAAGUUCGUUUAACAAUUGCUCAAAAUGGAACUAUAAAUAUUGAAAUAUCACCUUUUAUACUUCCCAAAAACCUCUUUGGAGUAUUCUCUAAGAAUGAGCAGCAAGAAACAAAGCCAUGGAAAGUAUAUUUAGAUACGAUUCCGAUGAAUGAUGCUUUACGUCCAUUUUUUUGCCACAAAACAACCUACAGAGAUCCCUAUGAAACAUCAAGAAAACGAUUAAAAAUAGGCGAAGCUAUGGAAGUAUUAUUAUAUAAUCAACAUGGAUAUGUUAUGGAAGGAAGUAUAUGUAAUGUCGCUUUUUUUAGAGAUCAUCAAUGGAUCACUCCCUCUUUGAAAGAAGGUUGUCUUCCAGGCGUCAUGAGAGAAACAUUAUUAGAGAGAGGACAUAUAGUGGAGCGCCCAAUUCAAGUAUCUGAACUUGUAAAUGGAGAACGACUUUUAUUAUUCAAUUCUUUACGUGGAUGUUUUAACGGCAUUUUGUACUGUUAA